AUGCGAUAUGAUGUAUCAACUCCAGCUGAAACAAAAGAAAGAAAAUUGAAGCGAAGAAAUAUUGGGAAUGUUCUCAACGAACUCGCGAAUAGAAUCGAAAAUGGUGAUCGAGUUUUGGUGAGAAAUAUUUUAAACGAGAUUGAGAAUGAAUAUCUGCUAACGUUAAAUCAAAGUGAAAUUGAGAAUGUUUGCACCAAAUUGCUUGCAUCCUGCAUAAUUUCAAAGAUUGAUUCAAAUUCCAUUAAAAUAUUCCUCAUAAUAACGUCAUUUUUACAAAGAGCCACCGAGGAGCAGCUCAAAAAAUUUCUCCUUAAUCAAUUAAACGAUUCACAAACUAUUGCAAAGUUGUUCGCGAAAUCGGUCCUGACUGGAAGAUUAUUGAAUCUUUUCGGAGAAGCUUUAGACAACAAAAUUAUAAGCGUGAAAUCAGUUCCGGAAUACGCAUUCCUUUCAGCGAAGACGAUUUUAUUUCAAGAUUCGAUUUAUGAAGUCCACAGUCGAACAUGCGCUUUGGAUUUCUUUGUCGCAUAUUCGAUAUCUGAUAAGCGAGAUGACGUCCGAUUAAUUGACUGCGAAAAGCUAUUAUGCCGAACUGUUCUUGAUCGUGAUUAUCGUAUAAGAUUAGCAUGCUUAAAAGGACUUACGAGGUUAAGUAAAGAAGGUCUUCUUCUUCACAAGAGCACAUAUUUCAUCAUUAAGCCGAUGCUAACGGAUACAGAUGCUGAUAUUCGGAUUAUGGCAUUGAAUUUGCUCCUUCAUUUUUCCAAUCGAAAUCCGGUUGAGACAACCGCUGGAAAAGGAACUUUGACAAUUCCGGACGAUGCAUUUUCAGCAGUUUGUGAUGCAAUGAAUGAUAUUGAUACACGAGUACGCAUUGAAGCUGCCCGACUUCUUGGCGAAUUUCACGUUGUUUCUGAUGAGCUUGUUUUCCAAACUCUUGACAAGAAAAUGAUGCGAUCGAAUAAAUCUUCGGAAGUUGUUAAAGUUGAAAAAUCGAUGUUUGCAAUGACCCAGAAAGGACCGUCAGGAACUGAUAAGCGAUGGAGAUUUCUCAAAAAAGCGACAAAUCAGGAUCAAGGUGAAAACACAAGGGGAGGCUGGUCAAGAGGAAAAGAAUUGAAUGCAUCGUGUCCAACGAAAGGAGCCGAAGAAGAGGACGAAGAAGAUGACUCCAUUAUUCCUCAUGGAGCUUGUGGAGCAUUUGUUACAGCGCUUGAAGAUGAAUUCAUGGACGUUCGAAAAGCAGCUGUCUAUUCAUUGGGAAAAUUAGCUUCGUGUCGUCCAUCUUUUGCAAUUUCUGCACUUGAAUAUCUUGCGGAUAUGUUCAACGACGAAAUUGCUGAGGUGCGGCUUGACGCCAUCAACGCGUUGACUCCAUUGAUCGCUCAUGGACAAUUGAAUUCUGAACAGCUCAAUGUUAUUCUUAAAUGUCUUGACGAUGGUAUGGCUGAUGCGCGACAAGCUAUGCGAGAACUGCUCAAACGUGCUCAAUUCGUCGAUGUUCGCUGCGUUGAAUUGUGUGUGAAAGCGUUGACCGAUUGUAUGAAACGGUUUCCGAAGGAUAAAGAACAAGUCUUCACAUGUAUGGCGAGUAUUGGCAGAAAUCAUUCGAUUCAUAUUCAAUCGAUGAUGCGCAAUCUUCUUGGACUUAAUCUAGUGUUUCAGACGCGCGAGCAUUCUCUUGAAGAUGAGAAAUAUCUCUCCAAACUCAUUUUGGUUUUAAAUGCGGCAUCGCAGCAAUCUUCUAUGAUCUACGUGUUUCCCGAAUUCGUCAAACGGCAUUAUCGAUUCUUGCGGACUUCGUCGCCGCAUUUAGUUGCAUCGAUUCGGGUUUUGGAUGAAGAAAAGCACGGAAAAUUGCGGAUUCGAUCUGAAAACACUGGCGAAAAAGCCGAAGAAAUUGUGCUGCAAACGUAUAAUCGAUUGUGCGAAUCGGAAGAAAGCGAAUCGAUUGUGGAUAGAAACACGAUUCGUGAUAAUAUUUACAGCGACGCUUCGGCGAUCAGUACGUACAAUGAGAAUGUGAGCGGAGCAUCGCGACUCAUUUGCUGCCUCAGCGAAAUCAGCGCAUCGAUUGAUAAUCUCGCCGACACCAUCAUGCUUGGCGGCGAACCGGCGAUCGUUCGCGAUCUCGUUAUACAACAACUCGCUGAUAUGCAAUCGGUCGAGUAUCAAUUUUCGGGAAUUUCAUCGGAAACCAUUUCCUAUUUGCUGCACUGCCGAUUGUAUUUGCUGCUGAAUGACGUGGCCGUUUGGAUGAUGCAGACAAUGCCGAGUUUGCACGAAAUUACGACGGUCGUUGCGUCGAUUCUUGAAACUGUCAAAAAACGGAUCAAGAAAUCAAUCACUCUUGAGGCCACUCUUCAAGAAUUCAUAUCGGUUUGCGAACAAUUGAUUCAGCUGAAAGCUGAAGGUGAGGAUUCGAAGAAAAUGAUCACGCCAAGCGGAAUCCUUCAAAUCGCCAAUAAAUACAUGCCGCGAAUGCCCAAAGAGUUUCCGUUGAUUCAAGGAAUCAAUCUCAAAUAUGCGCAGAUCGUCACGCCGCACAAAGAUGUUGCAAUGGAAUCGGCGUUGCGAUUCAUAUCGAAUAUGCCACACGGAAUCGCGUUCGAGGCGAAACUUUAUAAUUUUACGAACGACGAUCUCAAAAAUCUUCGACUAAAAGUACUGUUUCCCGGCGGCAAAUUUAAUGUGAUGAAACCGCGAGAUAAUGAGAUCAAGCGUGAUGACGGAUGCCAUCAAUUGUCGACACAUGUCAAAGUGACAUCGUCAAGCUCCUGGUCGGAAGCCGCCGAAAUCGACAUCGUCAUUGGGUUCAACACCGAAUGCAACGCGUUCGUUCCCGUCUUCGAAUCGCCAUCGUGUUUCACGCAGUCUCACGUACGCGUCAAAAUCCAUCCGGUUUCCCGAUAA